AUGUUUAAUAUUAACAAACCACUGUUUAUUGCCUUCUUAGAUUUGGAGAAGGCAUUCGAUAAUGUUAAAUGGACAAAACUAUUUAAGAUUAUGGAAGACAUUGGAAUAGACUAUAACGAUAGAAAAAUUAUACAUAAUCUGUACAUCAAUAAAAUCGCAGUUAUAAAAGCCGAAAAAGAUAACAACCAGGUGGAGGCUAAAAUUGCCAAGGGG